GCGGUCUACAUAGAAUGUUCUAGGAAACAGCUGAUGUGAAUAUCCAUGGCAGAAAAAUUAACACAAAUUUCUUAAGAUUCACGCAACCAUUUAAUUUGAGUUACUCGAGUAUAUAAGCAGGGUUUUGGUGUCUUCACACUCAAAACAUUAGCGUUUUCCAAGUAAGAAGUAGUUCCUCGUUCUAUAUUCUUAUUCCCCAAUCCAACAAACGAAUAUUCAACUUCAAGAGGAAUAAUUUGAGGAAACAAUAUGAAGCAAAAGAUUGUGAUGAAGGUACAGAUGAAUUGCCAGAAAUGUCGGGCUCAGGCACUCCAGGUCGCUGCAGACGCAGACGGUGUUAACUUCCUGGCAUUAGAAGGAGCUGAGAAAGAUAAAGUGGUGGUGAUUGGAGAUGGAGUUGAUGCUGUUAAAUUGGCUACCAGCUUGAGGAAGAAGGUUGGGCAUACGGAACUUAUGAGUGUUGCAGAAGUCAAGUCUAAUUAAUUACGAGUCUUACCGACCCACCUACCCUACAAAUUCACAUUUAUCUUUCUCUGCCUACUACUUACUAUUGUUCUCCGGGAGCACCUGUAAUGUAGUUUAGUUUUUGUAUUUCCAGAGAGAUUAUUAGUUUUAUAAAAGAAUCUAAAUCCCACUGAUCAUGUGCUUGGUUACUA